UACAAUUUCUUGCAUAUUGUGUAAGAAUUCUAAUGAUGAAAACGAAAAUGUUACACAUAAUUAUAUCCAAAAACUGCACGAUGUAGUUUGUGUUUUCAUUGUUUCAUGCACUUGUUUAGCAUUGGCCAUUGUUGUGCAAUCAACAAUUUUCAAUAAAGUCCUUUAUGGGCUGGCAGUGGAGGCUGCUGAUAACCACUACAACGGCACUGCACUUGCUCUCCAUGUAUUUAAUCAAUAUUUGAUUGAAACUGACUCAUUUCCUGUAGCUCGUGCAGUAGAGGUCAUGGCUACACUCAUCCAGGAAAAUGGGAUCAAGGAGCUGAGCAAAGGCACGCAUGGGGUUGUGACGAACCAUGGCAUGUCUCACGGCGUCGCCAGCCACAUGGUGCCCGACCACGAGUACUGCGAGGCGGGGCAGCAGGCCGCACCCGCGCCGCCGGGGCCCGCGGCCGAUGCCCCCGACCCGCCCGCCGCCGAGGAAGAAGAGGACACCCCCGAAAUAGACAUCAUGAUAAACAAUGUCGUGUGCAGUUUUAGUGUUAAGUGUCACCUGAACUUGAGACAGAUAGCUUUGAAUGGUGUUAAUGUGGAAUUCCGGCGUGAGAAUGGAAUGGUGACAAUGAAGUUGCGGCGGCCAUACACGACGGCGUCGAUCUGGUCGUCGGGCCGCGUGACCUGCACGGGCGCCACCAGCGAGGACCAGGCCAAGAUCGCGGCGCGCCGGUACGCGCGCGCACUGCAGAAACUGGGCUUCCAAGUCCGCUUCCGCAACUUCCGAGUAGUCAAUGUCCUAGGAACCUGUCGAAUGCCCUUUGGUAUUCGUAUCAUAGCCUUCUCCAAGAAGUAUAAGGAAGCAGACUAUGAACCAGAGUUGCAUCCUGGCGUCACAUACAAGCUGUACAACCCUAAAGCCACGUUGAAGAUAUUCUCUACUGGCGGUGUCACUAUCACAGCCCGAAGCGUGAGCGACGUGCAGUCGGCGGUGGAGCGCAUCUUCCCGCUGGUGUACGAGUUCCGCAAGCCGCGCACGCCGGCCGACGACGAGCUGCUGCGCGCGCGGCGCGGCGCCCGCGGCCCGCCGCCGCCGCCGGCCGCCGCGCCGCUGGCCGCCAUGCACCUCGUGACGCUGUCCGACGACGACGCCGACAACGACGCCUGGGAAUGACCCGCCCGCCGCUGCCCCGGGCCGCCGCCGCAGUGACCGACCGAACUGUCCGAGUGAAUGUGUCGUGGUUAGUGACGGGAGUGACGUAGAUGUCGUGUCCUCGAUCCCGAAGGCGUGCGGCGACCCUCCCGGUGACGCGAGAUCUUGCGCUCGAGUGAUGACGGAGAACUGUUUGGCAUAAAGCAAUAACUAUCGGCUGUUAGUGCAAUCGCGUGUGAAUUGUCGGCGAGCUGUUCGGUUCAUGCCAAAGAUAUUUAUUAGAUGAGGUGCUUCGCGCGGCGGCGCGUCGCCGCGGCGGCCGUGGCCCGCGACGGAGCGCCCGCGCUUUUCUACGAACGUAUUAUUUUUCGUGAUCCUAUGACCUCUUAGUAUGCGUAGGUGAAGUCGAUUGUAUAUCGUCAAACCAAAUUGUCAUGAAACUACACAAAUAUGUUCAGAGAAUAAAUCUCUAUAACGAUACUCAGUCGCGUUUUUAAUUUGCCGUUAUGAUUGAUGAAUUUGUAGUGAUAAUAGUGUUCAAUAAGAAAUUGUUCUAAGAAAGAGAUGACUGAAUGAUUAGUUAGAUGUUAGUGAUUGUAAAUAUGAAAAGCUUGGACAUUACAUGUUUAAAUAAAAAAUAAACUAAU